AACAGGAAUUCGCGCUUGAACCUGCCCCAGAACUGAGCCGCGAAGUACUGUGCUUGUCGCCAGCGGCGACGCGAGUAAGCGUCAGAGUCAGACGUCUCUACCGGCAUCAUCCGGCCUCCUCUCAGCAGAAGGAGGUACCGCUCGACACCAUGUUCAAAUCGUCGGCCUCGAAGAAGAGGAAAAGGGAGCCAGGCACGGUCUCGUCGUGGAUCGAGUCGACCUUCUGCCGCCGCGAGUGUAACCGGUUUCUGCCCAGCGCCAAAGACAACAGCAGGUGUUGCUGUGGGAACCUGUGGCAGUACCACAGCGACGGCAGCCCGGCCACCCUGCAGCACACCGUCAAAGGCGACGAUCACUGGAGCCCGCUGCGCCACACGACACUGCACCCCACCGACGCCUACGGCACCAUCGAGUUCCAGGACGGAGCUCACCCCAGCAAGGCGCAGUACGCGCGCGUGGCGUACGACACGCGGCCCGAACAGCUGCUGCAGCUGCUCGUCUCCGCCUGGCGACUAGAGCUGCCCAAGCUGCUCAUCACCGUUCACGGCGGAAAGGCCAACUUUGAACUGCAGCCCAAGCUGAAGAAGGCGCUGCGAAGGGGUCUGUUGAAGGCGGCGCGUACUACCGGCGCGUGGGUCUUCACUGGCGGCACCAACACAGGUGUGACCCGGCACGCCGGCGACGCGCUGGCGUCGGGCCAGUCGCUGCGGCUCGGUGGACAGCACGCUGUCUGCAUCGGAAUCGCGCCCUGGGGCGUCAUUGACGGCCGCCACGAGCAGCUGAUUGGCCUCAGCCGCGAGGUGCCCUACCACGUGGCACAGGGACGACUCAGCCGAUGUGCGUCCCUGAACAGUCGGCACACCCACUUCCUGCUGGCGGACAAUGGCACGGCCGGACGCUAUGGGGCCGAGUAUGUGCUGCGACGGGCCCUGGAGAAGCACAUCUCAAGCCAGCGCCAAAUGACGCGUGGUGGCCAGGGCACGCCGCUCGUCUGUGUUGUCAUCGAGGGCGGUAGCAACACGGUGCGCGCCAUUCUGGAGUACGUCACCGACUCGCCGCCGGUGCCGGUGGUGGUGUGCGACGGCACCGGGCGCGCCUCCGACAUCGUCUCCUUCGUCUAUCGCCACCUGCACAGCGCUGGCGGCGCCGUGCUGCUGGCCGUGCCCGAGAUGCGGGAGCACCUGGUGCGCACUGUCCGCGACACGUUCGGCCUGGCCCGCCAGGAGCAGGCCGAGCGGCUGCUCUCGGAGAUCAUCCAGUGCUGCCGGCACAAGGAACUGAUCACCGUGUACCGCUACCAGGAGGGGCUGGAGCUGGACGAGGCCAUGCUGAAGGCCCUGCUGCAGGGCUACCAUCUGCGCCCUACUGACCAGCUCAACCUGGCGCUCAGCUGGAACCGCGUCGACAUCGCGCGCUGCACCGUGUUCGCCACACCGCAGGAGUGGCCGCCAGGCUCCCUGGAACAGGCCAUGAUGGACGCCCUGGUCAAUGACCGCAUCGACUUCGUCAAGCUGCUGCUGGAGAACGGGGUCAUAAUGAGCAAGUUUCUCACGCUCGCGCGUCUCGAGGAACUGUACAACGCGAAGCAGGGGCCGCCCAACUCGCUGCACUAUAUCGUCCAGGAUGUGCGUAAAAACUACAGCCGCGGCCGGUACUCGCUGCUCGACAUCGGCCUGGUCAUCAACCACCUGAUGGGCGGCGCCUACAGGAGCACCUACUCACGGCGCAAGUUCCGCGCACUCUACUACGAGACGUUCCGUUUCCGGUCGCCCAUGAUCGUGCGGAACGCCAGCAUGUUCAUGCGAGCGGCGGCAUGCGCGACCACUGCUGUAGCGGCGGCGGCGCCGCUCAAGAUGAGCCCGCCGGCCAACGGCCGACCGCCGCCGGACACUUCAGCCGGCCCGGCGGCGUCACGCUGCGCUCCCACCGAAGACGUGUUCGAGUACCCCUUCAGUGAGCUGAUGAUCUGGGCUGUGCUGACCAAGCGGCAGGCGAUGGCGCACCUGAUGUGGCAGCACGGAGAGGAGGCGCUCGCCAAGGCGCUUGUCGCCUGCAAACUCUUCAAAGCACUCUCCUGCGAGGCAGCCAAGGACAACCUGGAGACCGAGUUCUUCGAGGAACUCAAACGGCACGCCGCCCAGUUUGAGAGUCUUGGUACGGUGGCACUGCCGAGUUUCAGAAGCUCUACAUUAAAAUAUGCUAAGUACAGGUCACCGCUGAAGUACCGUAAACCGGGGUGAGUUGAUAUGGAUUUUGAGGUUUUUUCUAGAUUUCUUUAAAAGCCACCUUUAUUUACGCUUUUUUUUGCGUGCCAGUUUCAUGGCAUAUGCAUUGGGAGGGCAAUCAGCAAAAAAUUAAUAAAAAAUGUAUAUACGAGUAUUUAGCCCCUUUUUUAAAGUUUAAGUUCAUAUCAACUCACCCCCUGGGGGUUGGUGAGUUGAUAAAGUUUUGGAUUUAUCAAAAUUCCUCAGCUAAAGAAGCUCAGAGGCGAGUUGAUAUCAUGCCAGUGUAAAAAAAAGAUGAGAGAACGCAUCUUGAAAAAAACAUCAGAAAAAUGGCAGUAGUUUGGCAGCAGUUU